AUGCCGACCAGACUCAGCAAGACGCGCAAACACCGUGGCCAUGUCUCCGCAGGCAAGGGUCGCGUAGGCAAGCACCGCAAGCAUCCUGGUGGUCGUGGUUUGGCCGGUGGUCAGCACCACCACCGUACCAACAUGGACAAGUACCAUCCCGGUUACUUCGGUAAAGUUGGUAUGCGCUUCUUCCACAAGCAACAGAACCCAUUCUGGAAGCCCGUCGUCAACUUGGACAAGCUCUGGUCUCUCGUCCCCGAGGAGACUCGCGAUGCCUACCUGAAGGGCGAGAAGAAGGACACCGUUCCCGUCAUCGACCUCCUCCCUCUCGGCUACUCCAAGGUUCUCGGCAAGGGCCGCCUUCCCCAAGUCCCCAUCGUUGUGCGCGCACGAUGGGUCUCUAAGCUUGCGGAGAAGAAGAUCACCGAAGCUGGUGGUGUCGUUGAGCUGGUUGCAUAA